AUGUCCACCACCACGACCACGGAUACAACCCGCUAUGCAGCGCACAGCUACUUGGCCGACUACGAGCUCCAUCACUCAAACCACCCCUCUGCAUCCGAUUCCAGACCCAAUAGUCAUCCAGAUGCCCAACUUGCACAACGAAACCCGCCACAAUGGCCCUCGAACUACCGCCGCAUCCCUCCAUAUCGGCCCAUUAACAGAGAUUUAGACCAGAGCCAAAGACGGGUCUACACAACUACAGGGGAGAGGAUCUUCUUAUUCGUCAUGUUCACAGGAGUACAGGUGAACGCGGACAUCAAUCGUUUGUGGAAUGCCACUGGUGGAAGGCUUGCACAAUCUGUGUUUCAGUACAAGAUUGGGGGUGAGUGGUGAUACAUGAGCAGUUGAGUUAGGGUAUACUGAGGAGUUAGUCUCUUUGAAGACCACUACAAGCAUACGACUGCUCCGUUGCAAGCUUAAAUAUCACACAAUGACAGUCCUUUAUUCAAGUUCGAUCUAGCCAG